AUGUCUUCUACACAAGUUCCCUCAAAUCAGAUAAACACACUCGCCCUUCUGCCUGGUGAUGAACCCAGCACUCAGAUGGCAGCCGUCGCCAGGGAGGUGCUACGUUUCAUCGAGACCUCGAGACCAGGGGUUAAAUUCGGGAUUACCAAAACUCUAUCUGGCAAAGCCACUCAAGCUGUCAACCACCAAUCACUGAGUCCUUCCACCUUGGAGGCAUGUCUGGAGUCAGAUGCCGUGAUAGUGUGCGGGGUUAGAGAGGAGCUUGUCAGAGGAACCUUGGACUUGCUUGGAGAGGUCGGCGCUUUUGCAAACGUCCAACCUUUCUUCUUCCCAAGCAUUGGACUUGUUUCAACAGGAUUGCUGAGAAACGGUGUCCAAGGGCUAGAUAUCACCCUGGUCAGUGACGCUACGCAUACGAACACUGGAAAUGAGGUUUCCCGUGAGACCAUCGAACGGCUGGCGCAUUGGGCAGGAGCCUACGCAUUGCAGUUUUCUCCGCCAAAGCCUCUUCAUUGCAUUGAGUCAUUGCCACUUUGGAAUUCUGUUGUUACUGAGGUGCUCAGCAAACAAUUUCCACGUGUCCCACUCCAGCACGUACCGAUACACACGGCAGCAACGGCCCUAGAUUUACACCCAACUAGGUUAAACGGCAUUGUCUUGACAACUGGUCCUGAUGGAGAAAUGGUGUCGGAAAAGGCAGGAAAGCUCAUCCAAGGCUCACAGAACCUGCUGGCGUCGGCGACCAUUGUGGAUUUAUCCAACCAGACCCACAGAAGGAACCCUGUGAUCUUGAGAUCGGGUAAAACCAUUGCGAAUGAAGCAGCUUUGGACCCAGUUCCAAUUUUACUGGUCAUAAGCCUGAUGCUUGACUUGUCGUUCGGUCUAACUGCAGAGGCCGUGGCAGUCGUUAGGUCAAUUCGACGCACAUUGGACCCAAUUGAACUCAUCGGCUGCAAUAUCCGGACCCCCAGCGCUGGUGGUACAGCUUCUUCGGAGGAGUUCAUGAGCAAAUUUAUGACGCAUUUGGACUAUUACCUAGAGGCCGCGAGUUCACAUAUUUUGACCCAUGCGGCUGUUGGGCUGAGCAAACCAGAAGUCCAGCCCGGCGAGAUUAUCUGUGUCAAGGUUGACUGGACAUUGACUUCCGAGAUUCUCUGGGCAGGAAUGGAGAAGACAUAUGACCAAAUGGGAAGACCUCGUCUGCAUCGCAAUGACCGUAUGUGGCUGGCGAUCGAUCAUACCGUUGACCCACGCACGAAUCAUCGACCCCGACAGCGAGGCUUGAUUGAGAAAGCGGAAAGCUUCCAGCGGGAAGCAAAGCUCGUCAACUUCCUCCCUGCCAAUACAAGUAUUCUUCAUACUGACUUUACGCGCGACCGAGCACUGCCUGGUCAGAUCAUUGUGGGCUGCGACUCUCAUUCCUGCUCUGCUGGUUGCGUGGGAGGACUGGCCGUUGGCCUUGGAGCUGCAGAUGUCGUCAUGCCGAUGGUAACGGGAGAGACCUGGUUUCGUGUGCCAGAGAUCUGCCGUAUCAAUUUCAUCGGCCAAUUGCCUUUUGGGGUGGGUGGCAAAGAUGUGAUUCUUCACAUACUCGGCCUUUUCAAACGAAACACGAUCGCCUUCCAGCGCGCGGUUGAAUACGGCGGCCCGAGUUUGAAGGAGUUAUCAAUGGAUGCUAGAUUCGCCAUUGCAAAUAUGACAACUGAAUUCGGCGGGAUGGGCGCGUGUUUCGAAGCUGAUGAGAGCACCGCCGAAUGGAUCUCGAAAAGGCCGCAUCUGGAACAUCAAGGGGGCCUCUAUUUCCGAGCCGAUUCAGGCGCUCAGUAUGCUGAGGUGCGCACCGUCGAUCUCUCGGAGGUUGAAACGACCAUCGCUUUGUAUCCCGAGCCGGAUAAUGUUGUGCCCGUGUCAGAGAAAGUUGACACCACGCUGGAUGGAUGCUUCAUCGGAGCCUGUACCACCACCGAAGAGGAUCUAAUUAUGGGAGGACUGGUUCUAGAAGCUGGCCUACGAGCGGGCAUGGUUCCCAGUGACGGGCAGAGGAGAGUUACACCUGGAAGUCUCAGCAUUAUCAAGAACCUGGAGCGGCACGGCAUCUUGGACAUUUACCGGCAGGCAGGAUUUGACAUCGGAGCCCCGGGCUGUUCCUACUGCGUUGGAAUCAACGAUGUUGAUGUUGCGGGUGAAGGAGAAGUUUGGCUCUCCUCACAAAAUCGCAACUUUCGGAAUCGAAUGGGCAAAGGAGCGAUUGGGAGUAUCAGCUGCGCCGCCGUGGUUGCUGCCUCGAGCUUCAACAUGGUAAUCACAGACCCACAGCCACUGCUGGAUCAAAUUGAUAGAGCGAGAUUGGCCAAUAUUCUGGGAAGAGAGAGAGUCUCCUUGAGUAUUGCCCCCGAAAUCAGCGAGCCUAACCCAGUACUUGCAUCAAAUAUCCCCUCCAUCAACGGCAGUAGUAGCGUUCCCAUUCACACUCCUGCUUCGACUCGGGAUGUAGCGAAAAUUUCUAGUGAUGGAGUUAUUCGGUCGAAGGUUCAAAGAUUUGGUGAAAAUGUCGAUACUGACGCGAUCAUUCCGGCUGAGUUUGUACCUGGUGUUGACAAUGCAGAACUUGGAAGUCACUGCUUCCAGUAUGAUCGUCCUGAAUUCCGAAAACGAGCGACAGAUGGGUCAACGAUCAUCGUCGCUGAUCGUGGGUUUGGCAGUGGUUCGUCCCGCGAGGAUGCAGUCAGAGCGUUGCAAGGAGCGGGCAUCGAAGCAGUGAUUGCGCCUGCCUUUGCGUUUAUCUAUGACCGGAACCAGCUCAACAUGGGCCUUUUCAACAUCACCUUACCGGAUCCCGAAUUCUACAAACUUGCAAAUGAGGGAUCUAUUGUCAUCAUCAAUUCACAAGCCCGAACAGUGCAGAUUGAACGUACUGAUCAAGUGUUCCACUAUCAGCAACCCAGCGAUAUGCUCCUUUCAACAGAGCAGACCCGAGAGCGCUCCAAGGGUGUCCUAUCCCACGAUCCUAGUGUUCACUGA